ACGAGUCAGUCAAGAUAUUGGUCGGAAGCUGAGCACAAGAAAUUUUUAGAAGCUGUCCGUUGUUUCGGAGCACAUAAUCACAAAGCAAUAGCUGCUUAUGUGGUCACAAGAAAUUCGGCCCAAGUUCGGAGCCAUUCUCAGAAAUUUUUCAAGAAGCUGGAGACUUUUCAGGGAAAGGGACUGCCUAGCAUGGCGCGCAAGAGAAAG